AUGCCUAAAACCAAACAUUGUAUCGAGAUUUUCUCAUUUAUCACUGGUAAAAUAAAUCUAAACCCGCGCUCGAACUACUCUCUGCCAAUCGACGAGGCGGCAUCGGCGGCACAAGUUACCGGCGAGAAAACCAAUAUGGCGGACAAGGCUAUGACUAUCAGAACAAGGAAAUUUAUGACAAAUCGUCUCCUCUCCAGGAAACAAUUUAUCAUUGAUGUGUUACAUCCAGGACGUCCUAAUGUUUCUAAGGCUGAGUUGAAGGAGAAAUUGGCAAGGAUGUAUGAAGUGAAAGAUCCAAAUGCCAUAUUUGUUUUCAAGUUCAGGACCCACUUUGGUGGAGGCAAAUCCACUGGUUUUGGCUUGAUCUAUGAUUCUGUUGAGAAUGCAAAGAAAUACGAGCCAAAAUACAGGCUCAUCAGGAAUGGUCUUGAUACCAAGGUUGAGAAAUCAAGGAAGCAACUGAAGGAGAGAAAGAACCGAGCAAAGAAGAUACGUGGUGUGAAGAAGACUAAAGCUGGAGAUGCUGCCAAGGCUGGCAAGAAAAAAUGA